AUGAACUUCGCGCCCUACCAGGACCAGUCCCCCGACAUCGAGCGCGCGCUCUCCCCGCCCCUCGCAAAUGCCAACCGCAUACAUACUGCUUCUCCCCGUCACACACCCUCACCACUGAACCAAAACCACCCACGGAACUCAUCAAACCUUGACAGAAACACACAAAAUAAUGCGCAAGGGUUUGGAUACGGCUAUGGAAGAGACAUUGAGGGAGGCCGUAUGAGCUUGGGCGCGUUCGAGACCAGUCUCCCACUACGUAUGGAUUACGAAGCUAUGCUGGCAUACCUCUUGUUACCUCCAGCAGGAGGGGUAUUUUUACUUUUGACGGAGCAUAAGAGUGAUUAUGUGCGAUUCCAUGCAUGGCAAUCUAGUUUGCUUUUCACCUUUAUGUUUGUUGCUCAUAUGUUAUUUGCUUGGUCAAGUACUAUAUCCUGGUUGUUGUUCAUAUUCAACCUUGGCCUUAUUGGGUUCCUGAGCAUGCAUGCCUACCGUGACGUCGAUUCCUUGGAACAUUAUCAAGUUCCUGUCUUUGGGCCUUUAGCCAACUCUUUUGUUGAUGACGAGUGA